CCAGGCACAACCAUCACGAUGCUCCCAGGCGUCCUGGCUGCCUUCCUCUUCUUGAGCUGGACUCAGUGUUGGUCCCUGCCUCUUCCCAGCGAUGGUGAGGAUGAUCUGUCCGAGGAAGACUUCCAGCUCGCAGAGCGCUACUUGAAAUCCUACUACUAUCCCCUGAAUCCCGCUGGAAUCCUGAAGAAGUCUGCAGCAAGCUCCGUGGUUGACAGGCUCCGAGAAAUGCAGUCCUUCUUUGGCUUAGAGGUCACCGGCAAACUUGAUGAUAACACCUUGGACAUCAUGAAGAAACCAAGAUGUGGGGUUCCCGAUGUGGGCGAGUACAAUGUUUUCCCCCGAACUCUCAAGUGGUCCAAGACGAAUCUAACCUACAGGAUUGUGAAUUAUACCCCUGAUCUGACUCAUUCUGAGGUUGAAAAGGCAUUCAGAAAAGCCUUCAAAGUUUGGUCAGAUGUGACGCCUCUGAAUUUUACCAGACUUCAUGAUGGCACUGCUGAUAUCAUGAUCUCUUUUGGAACUAAAGAGCAUGGCGACUUCUACCCAUUUGAUGGACCCUCUGGUCUGCUGGCUCAUGCUUUUCCUCCUGGACCAAACUAUGGAGGGGAUGCUCAUUUUGAUGAUGAUGAAACUUGGACAAGUAGUUCCAAAGGCUACAACUUGUUCCUCGUUGCUGCCCACGAGUUCGGCCACUCCUUAGGUCUUGACCACUCCAAGGACCCGGGAGCACUCAUGUUUCCCAUCUACACCUACACUGGCAAGAGCCACUUUACGCUUCCCGAUGACGAUGUACAGGGGAUCCAGUCUCUCUAUGGCCCAGGAGAUGAAGACCCCAACCCUAAACACCCCAAAACACCAGACAAAUGUGAUCCCUCCUUAUCCCUUGACGCCAUCACCAGUCUCCGAGGAGAAAUGAUGAUCUUUAAAGACAGAUUCUUCUGGCGCUUGCAUCCUCAGCUGGUUGAUGUGGAGCUGUUCUUAACAAAAUCCUUCUGGCCAGAACUUCCCAACCGUAUCGAUGCUGCAUAUGAGCACCCCUCUCGGGACCUUAUCUUCAUCUUUAGAGGCAGAAAAUUUUGGGCUCUUAAUGGUUAUGACAUUCUGGAAGGUUAUCCCCAAAAAAUAUCCGAACUGGGAUUUCCAAAAGAGGUUAAGAAGAUAAGCGCAGCCGUCCACUUUGAGGACACAGGGAAGACACUCUUCUUCUCGGGAAACCAGGUCUGGAGCUAUGAUGAUACUAACCAGGUCAUGGAUAAAGACUACCCCAGGCUAAUAGAAGAGGACUUCCCGGGGAUUGGUGAUAAAGUGGACGCUGUCUAUGAGAAAAACGGUUAUAUCUAUUUCUUCAAUGGGCCCAUACAGUUUGAAUACAGCAUCUGGAGUAAGCGCAUUGUGCGCGUCAUGCCAGCAAAUUCCCUGUUGUGGUGUUAA